AUGCAGCUUACAAGAUUGAUCGUUCUUGCAUCCGCCGCUCUGGGCGCCGUUGCUCAGUACGACAACGGCAACUAUGAGGGCGUUGACGUUGACGUUGGCAUGGAGGAUAUUCCAUACGAAAACACUGAACCCGCUCCAGUGGCUAUUGCCUACAAAGGCUCUCACGAACAUUCUCCUGCGGAAAGGGUCUACCCCCGUCAUCGCUGCCAAUUGCUCCGACCUCCUGUAGCGGGUGAUAUUCACUCCAUCAAAGUCUUGUCAAACUACUGCAUCCUCUACCUCGACAAUUUCUGCCAGCGACGUGCUGCGGGCUACCGCCGUGGUAGACACGAGGUACGCGGUGUUGCCACCCAGUCUCACACCAUCAAGUGUUUUUGA